UACCGACCUGUCUAUCCAUCCUAUCGACCUGUCUAUCCAUCCUAUCGACCUGUCUAUCCAUCCUAUCGACCUGUCUAUCCAUCCUAUCGACCUGUCUAUCCAUCCUAUCGACCUGUCUAUCCAUCCUAUCGACCUGUCUAUCCAUCCUAUCGACCUGUCUAUCCAUCCUAUCGACCUGUCUAUCCAUCCUAUCGACCUGUCUAUCCAUCCUAUCGACCUGUCUAUCCAUCCUAUCGACCUUUCUAUCCAUCCUAUCGACUUGUUUAUCUAUCCUAUCGACUUGUCUAUCUAUCCUAUCGACCUGUCUAUCCAUCCUAUCGACUUGUUUAUCUAUCCUAUCGACUUGUCUAUCUAUCCUAUCGACCUGUCUAUCCAUCCUAUCGACCUGUCUAUCCAUCCUAUCGACUUGUUUAUCUAUCCUAUCGACUUGUCUAUCUAUCCUAUCGACCUGUCUAUCCAUCCUAUCGACCUGUCUAUCCAUCCUAUCGACCUGUCUAUCCAUCCUAUUGA